AUGGCUUCGACCCGACCUACCGCGCCCGAAAUUCACCAGGUAGUUAACCUGCUGAUUGACAACCUUGUUAACAUCAAAGAUGAGACGGGCAAGUUCUUGAUGCCCCUACCAGACGGUCGCAUCAUUGAUACCAAGUCUUGGCAUGGCUGGGAGUGGACGCAUGGCAUUGGCCUGUAUGGCGUGUGGAAGUGUUACGAGAUGACUGGCGACACAAAACUGCUGAAGAUUAUCGAGGACUGGUUCGCAGCGCGAUUCGUCGAAGGCACCACCAAGAAUAUCAACACUAUGGCCCCCUUCUUGACGCUGGCCUAUGUCUACGAGAAAACCGGCAAUAUCUCCUAUCUGCCCUGGUUAGAGGCAUGGGCUGAGUGGGCAAUGUACGACUUACCACGCACCCGGUACGGCGGUAUGCAGCACAUCACUUACGACAACGAAAACUACCAGCAGCUCUGGGAUGAUACCCUGAUGAUGACUGUGAUGCCGUUGGCCAAGAUCGGCAAGCUUCUGAACAGGCCCCACUACAUUGCCGAGGCCAAGAAGCAAUUCCUAACUCACAUCAAGUAUCUGUUCGACACCAAGACCGGAUUGUUCUUCCACGGCUGGACUUUUGAAGAUGGCGGCCAUAACUUUGCGGACGCGCGGUGGGCACGUGGAAACAGCUGGAUCACUAUUGUGGUUCCGGAGAUUAUUGAGCUGCUGGACUUGGGGCCAAUGGAUCCUAUUCGACUGCACUUAAUUGAGACCCUGGAGGCCCAGUGCGAGGCUCUCCAGCGAUUGCAGUCUGCCUCGGGUGGGUGGCACACUCUGCUGGACCACCCGGACUCUUACCUCGAGGCCUCAGCAACUGCUGGCUUUGCUUAUGGUAUCUUAAAGGCGGUUCGCAAGCGCUAUAUUGGCGCGCAGUACCGAUGUGUUGCCGAGAAAGCAAUUACCUCCGUGCUCAUGAACAUUGAUGACAAGGGCGAGCUCCAGAACACCAGUUUCGGCACCGCCAUGGGUGACUGUCUCCAAUUCUACAAGGAUAUCCCUCUCACGUCCAUGCCGUACGGUCAGGCUAUGGCUAUCAUGGCCCUCGGGGAGUAUCUGUGGACCUACUUGUAG